CACUUUUUCGUAUGAUCCUAUUUUCAAUAAUUCAAUAUGGCCACCAACGUCGGAUCUUGUCCAUGAUGACUCCUGCUCGGGGCGUGUUUUUCGUCGUUUUUCCGUAGCGUUAGACUUUCAAAAUGGUGUGCAGCCGUACAGCUGAAGAGCAGGAGCAGGAGCGAAUGCAGGAAGAUACCGCUAAUACUGAUCAGCAGGUGCCUUCUGCUGAACCACAGGCGCCUACUCCGCCUCCACUCCCCGUUGAGGAGGAACAGAUUGGCACCAUCUACCUGCACAACCACAUCACGUUUGAUGAUGUCACAAGUCCAGUCUCCAUUUUCGUCAGAACUUCGUCAACUGUUGAUGAUCUCUAUCAGCAAAUUGCAAAGAAGCUGGAAGUCCAGGAAUCUGAUUUUGAUAUCAACUACAAGACAGAAAUAGUAUCAAGGGAAACUCCCUCGCUAAAACUGUCAGAGGUUGGCAUAACUUUUGAAGACGGGAAGAGAGUUUCACUCACUUUGACGGCGAAGGUGAAGUCAAAGAAAACUAAAUUGCCCUCGACCAUGAAUUUAAGACGGGCAGUUAACGUGAACAGUGACACUGAAGAGGCUGCCGUUCCAUUUCCUUCAGAUUAUGAUUUGGCUAGCCUCCCCGCAUUGACAGCACCAGCUAUUGAAGCCUGUGAGAAAAAGUAUGUUGGGCUGGUGAACCAGGCGAUGACCUGCUACUUGAACAGCCUUAUCCAGUCACUUUACAUGACACCAGAGUUCAGAAACGCUCUGUACAAGUGGGAGUUUGACUGCACUGAUGAGGAAUCGAGGCGUAAAUCGAUACCAUUUCAGCUGCAGAGGCUCUUUUUAAAACUACAGACAUCAAGCAAAGCAGCUGUUGAAACUACAGAUCUUACAAAGAGUUUUGGCUGGGACUCCUCUGAUUCUUGGACACAGCAUGAUGUGCAGGAAUUGUGCAGAGUCAUGUUUGCAGCUCUGGAACACAAAUUCCGGAACACAGAGCAAGCUGACCUCAUAAACAGGCUUUACCAAGGGAACAUGAUAGACUAUGUGAAAUGCAUGGAGUGCGGCAAGGAGGGGCAAAGAGAGGAUACGUUUUUGGACAUACCUCUGCCCAUCCGACCUUUUGGCAAUGAAACCGCCUAUGGCACUGUGGAGGAUGCCUUAAAAGGAUUUGUUGAGCCAGAGACCCUAGAUGGGAACAACCAGUAUGCCUGUGAAAAUUGCAACAAGAAAUGUGAUGCCAAGAAAGGCCUCAAGUUCGUGAAGAUACCCUAUCUGCUGACCCUGCACCUGAUGCGCUUCAGCUUUGACUACAACAGUUUGCACAGAUUGAAACUGAACGACAAGGUUGUCUUCCCGGAGAUUCUUGAUAUGAAUCCAUUUAUCUGCAAAACUGGCAUAGAACCUCAAAAAGAAAAGGAAGUGGGUGAAGCCGAAGAGGUAGUAAAGCAGGAAGAGAAAGAAAGCCAGGAUGCAAAGGUGCCCGAAAAUGGGGAACAUCCAAAUGGUGACGAGUCGCUGUCAAGUAUGGAUGACUCGCUCCCACCACUGGAAAUUGUCGAAGAGGUAGAAAUGCAACCAUCCACAGAAUCGGCUUCUGCUGAGACACCAGUUGUCAAUGGGAAAGCCAAGAUGAAUGGAGAGGACAUUGAGGAUGAUGUCUUUGAAAAUGGAGAAGCCACAUGCAUCAGCGACAACAAUGAGAAGAACACUCAGCGCAGCUUGGAAAAGGGUCCUUACAUGUACGAAUUGUUUGCCAUUAUGAUCCACUCUGGAAAUGCAUCUGGGGGCCAUUAUUACGCGUAUAUCAAAGACUUCACCAGUGGCCAGUGGUUUUGCUUCAAUGACCAAAACGUGACCCGGAUAACAAGUGAUGAUAUCAGGAAAACCUUUGGUGGAAGCCGAGCGAAUUACUACUCUGGAUACUCUCCAAGUACAAGUGCUUACAUGCUCAUGUACAGGCAAAUCGACAAGGAAAGGAAUGCCAAAUUCAUUCAGGUCGAGGACUUCCCAGACCAUAUCAAGACCCACCUGGCAGCUAUGCAAAAUGGAAAUGGCGCUGACAGCUUCAGCCGCGACUAUUUAAUGGACUCGGCCAAAGUGAAGGUCUUCUGCUAUUUGCCAACCUCUGACCGACAAGUCAACUGCAAACUGAACUGCCUCAGCAGCCUAACCCUGCCAGAAGUGAUCCAGUUGGCAUUGAAGGAACUGAAUCUGCAAUCAUAUCCCUUGGAAAACUGCCGAUUGGUCUGUUAUGAUAAUAGUAACUUCACCAUAACCAAAAGUCUGCAAGAUUUGGAAAAUAACACAAUUGGAGAAAUAAGUCCCAAAUUGCAUGACAAGCUGAAUUUCCUAUUGCAAAUCAAAACCACCUCAGAUCCUUGGCAGCCAUACAUAAGUGGAGAUGCGAUCGGCAGAGUGUACACCGUGGAUAUUGAAACUGAAGAGAUCCAAGGACCGCAUCUGGUGCAGAUCAACUACAUGUUUGAAGUCAGAGAGUUCAAGUACAUGCUGCAGAAGUUCAUACCGGACAUGUUUGCCUCUGUUCCUGUUGAGAAAAUCUCAGUUGUCAUGGAGAAGUUGUCACUGGAAAGUCUAUAUCCAGCAGAAGACUCUUCUCAGCUAUUCGAUUCAGACAGCUACGCUUGCACUCUGAAGAAAAUAUUUGUUGCUGUUUACAAUGAAGGAGAUAAGUCCUUCCAGAACACAAAGCUUUUGAAACUGAUCGACAGAUAUUUGAAUAUUAUCUGUCUGGACGUUUCCCUACCUGACCUCGAAUCUGAGGACCUUGAAGACCAGGAGAUCCCACUGCUCAGCGCUGUGAAGCAGCAGAAGACUGAAGAAGAGCAAGUGGUCGACGGAUCAAGUCUCACACCCGUCCGUCCUCAAAGCAGUCUUCAGGUGGUCCCUCCGUCCGCGCUGUCGUCAGACCCGCCAAGCAACGAGGAGGACUUGGCCGCCAGCACUGACCAGAGCGCAAGUGAAGACUCUAGUCUCACCGACAGCGACCGCACGUUGGUCGGAGACCAGGAGAAUUUGCUCGUGCAACUCUCCUCUCCAAGUGAUGAGUCAGCAGCUGGAGACGGAAAUGCCGUGUCCUCCCCAGACGACCCCCCGCAGGAUAAGGGUUUGAAGAUUGAGUCUGAUUGGGACGAGAUGGAUGGAGGCAGAGUGUCGCAUUCACGGCCGCAGAGCAACAGCUACUUCAAAGCAACUCUGAUGGAAGAAGGAACGAACAAAUACCUUAAGGUAGAUGUAGACAAACGAGGCACGAUGUCGUGGUUCAAGAAACAGCUGGAGAGCUACGUCGGAGUGCCUUGCGACUACUUCAAGGUGGUCCGCUCAAACGAUGAGUACGACUAUCAGACCCUUACGCCCACCUUCCGGGACGGCGACAAAGUCAACGUGCGCCUCGGCAGGGCGCUCAAGAAGGGGGAGUAUACUGGAAAGAUAUACAAACUCACUCCAGAUGAUGCUGAUCCCUUAAAGUUCCUGUUCAACUGUACGCUUUCAAACGGCAUGCUGGUGGGCGACGCCAAGAAGCAAAUUUUGAAAGAUUUGAAGAGAAAGAACAACAUUGAGAUUUCCUUUGAAAGGUGCCGACUGAGAAAGAAGAGCUGGAAGAACCCGGGCCAGGUUUACUAUGACCACCAAAAGUUUGAAGAGAGCAUGUGUUUUUCGUCCAACUGGGAAAUGUUUUUGCAAGAAAUACCAGAAGAUUGGCCUCAGAAGAACGACAACGACUCGUUGCCGGAAUUAGUGCUUUUUGUGCGCAAGUGGAGUCCAAGCACAUUAACCCUGGGGCCUUUCCAAGAAGUUGAGCUCGACUCAACCUCUGGCCAGGAGUUGAAGGAAAAGCUGUCGGUAUUGAGUGAUGUUCCCAUUGAGAACAUCGGCAUAGUCAAGGCACCAGGUUCUUUCCCCUGCGACAUAUCAGUCCUCAAUGUCCAAAGCGAACUCGAGUGGGUCACGGUCGCCAACAAUCUCAAUGAGUGGCCUUUCAACAUCUUUGAAGACGGCCACGUUAUUUUCUACAGAGACAACAGCGAGCAAGUGAAGGAGUUGACUGCUGAGGAGCGGAAGAAGAUCGAGCGUGACGAUAAAUUCCGGCGGCCCCGUGGCGUAGGCAGCUGGACAAGCGCUGCAGCCGCGCCACGAAAGGAGCGCGGACUGCGCAUCUACCUUGACCCGACGCCGCCCAAGUCAAGCGCACCCCUAGCAGCGGUGGCGCCCAACGAGCUCUUCAGCAAAAACUAAGCCACCAACUGAGACUCCUCUGAGCCUUCUAAGUGCCUUGCAUUGACCUGGAUCGAUUUUCUCAAAUCGCAGGUUGACUACUCGCGUUCUGCCAAAGACCCUGCCGAGGCCGGGCUGCUGCUACUUGAAAUAAAUAUCUUUGCCGCUGCUGCCGCCGCUGACGAUUUUUUUGUGUGUUAUGAGAUUUUUAGAUUCAGACCGCCAACAAGUGCCUUUUAUAUUUGAAAUAAACACACCUACGUUACCGAUGUAAUUUGUCACAGACUCACUGAGCGUGGCAGCAACCGCAGUCGUGCUUGGACCCAUUCUGAUUUUUUUUAAGUUGAGGUAACCAGCCAUUUUUCAUCUGUUUUGCGUGACAGUUUCAGCAUAAACAAGUUUAGUGUUCUCUUUUGCAAACGCCCUACUCGCAGCACUUUUUGCCUUUGCACGGAGCGCUGAUUUAUUUGUUUACUAGCUGUUAAAUGUUGCGCCUCAAUUUUAAUUCUCUGAGAAAAUGAGAGCAAGAUGUGAGAGUGUGAGGGUUUGAUUGUUGCUGCUGUUGCUGUUGCCUAAUUUAUAUUCAAAGAGAGUGAAAGAGCUAAAUGCUGCAUUUUCUACGCGUCCACUGACCGAGCUAUUAAGACUAAAAAAUAGCUGUCAAAAUGAGAUCGACUCGUGAUAGGCCAAUAGUUGCGCUCAACUUUGUUCUUGGCUCAAAAAUAUCUUGAAUGGAUUGUCUGAUAUAACAUAAAUGUAUCAAAUGCUGUGAAUGUCUGCAUCACAAAAUCUAAACCGUAGCUUGAACGAGAGAAUGUUUGGACGAGUACCAUCUUAUGACUGUAAAAUAAUUAAAAUCAUUUUAACCAAAA